AACACAGUCUACGAUCAUUAAACCCCAGUUCGCGGAGGGACGGAGGGUUUCGAGCACCGGCGGCUUAUUGAUUUGCAGAAAGUCCUUUUCAUCCAUCACUUUCUCGCUUUCUCUCAGCAACCAAACGGGGUGUAGGAGCUGACCCUUAUUUUUUUUAAGAGCCAGAUAAUGCAGUCGUUUGUUGGUGGGAGUAUCCGAUUGGCUCAAAGACAAGGUUUUUACAGCUGGAGCUGUGCCCAUUUCAAAGCCACAACCAGAGCUUAUCUGGCCACUAAUAGUAUCGGUAACAAAAUUCAUGGAUCCAACAAUUCAAUCAAUUCUUCCAAGAAUCACCUCCUGCAAUUUUUAGGACAGACAAGAUUUGGAACCCAAAGUAAAGAAUCGAUGUUUCCUGGUAGCUGUGGCGGAUGUUCGAUUCCGAGUUUGUCUCCAUUGGCUGCAAUGAUGUCUACUUCUUCUAGCAGGUGUAUGACAACAGAUGCGUCGUCUACUCUGGAUUCUUCUGAAUCUGUCACUGAUGUGCCUUCUCGAAUUAAAUUUAAGAGGCUUGAUAAGACUGCCAGGCAUAUAAUGCAGAUUCUGGAUAAGGAAGCAGUGGAGGAAGUGAAGGGGCAGAGGGAGAUACCCGACAUAAAGCCUGGCUACAUUGUGCAACUCAAAGUGGAAGUACCUGAAAACAAGCGACGUAUUUCAACCAUAAAAGGCAUUGUUAUAGCUAGGCGUAAUGCUGGCCUAAAUACUACAUUCCGAAUAAGGAGAAUGGUUGCCGGAGUUGGGGUUGAAUCUCUCUUUCCACUGGUCAAGCAUGAAAAUGUUAAAGGUAAUUCAUUGAUUGUAGUUUUUACAUAUAUACAUACUAUUUGACUCACUCCAAUCAUCGUGACAUCCUUGUUAUGAUGGAUGGGAACUGUGGACCAGUGCCUAGCUUGCCAAAUUGAUUAAUUGAGCUCUGCUGUGGAUCUGUGUACAAGGGGUUGGUUUCUCGUUCUACUAGUAUUUUUGUUCCUAGAACUACAACUAUUUUAAUGUAUUCAUGACACAGUAGAUGUCAACAUUGCUUAAUGAAAUUGUCGGUUGGUCUUUGUUGACUCUUCUUUUUCUAAUUCACAUUCAUUUAAUGACUAAAGUUUAACUUUCAAAGGCUUUAUUCAACUAAUUUAAGUUCAGCUAUGAGAAUCAUGUCUGGUUUAUGGCCAAAAAAUGACCACAAUCUCUCUUUAGCUUUCCUCUUUUUUGUUGUGGCAACUUCAAUUGUAAUCUUGUCAUUCUUCUUACUAGUGUGCUUGUUGUCACAAUUGAUAACCAAUAAUUUUAGAUUAUUUUUGUGAUUUCUGACAAGAUCCUAAAUCCUACUACCUUGUUAGUGUUGUCAUGUCUGUUCAAUUUGCUUAUGCUUAUCUUUUACAUAGUGGCCAAAUAAGAAUGGGUGAUG